CAGUUUUUGAUGCAUUCUAUUUUAUCUGUUGGUUUGCGCGAACGUUUUGGAUUCGAGAAAAACAUUUUCUUAUUUUUUCUCUCGCGUAAUAGUUGGGAUUAAAGAAAUCCGUUCAAAUUGUGUUAUGAUGAGAUCUGUGUUUUAAUUUAUGUAAAGAAGUGUAUCAAAUAAACUGUAACAAUGAGUAAGCAUAUGUAUUCCACUGCAAACUUAACCGAUAAGGAGCUGAAAGAACAAGGAAACAGAUUGUUUAGCUUACGUAGAUUUGAAGAUGCUAUGAACUGCUACACUAAGGCCAUCAUAAAAAAUCCUUCAGUAUCAACAUACUAUACAAAUAGGGCGCUAUGCCAUUUAAAAAUGAAGAGAUGGGAGGCUACAUGCCAAGAUUGUCGACGGGCUCUCGAUAUAGAUAAUAAUCAAGUGAAGGCACAUUUCUUCCUCGGACAGGCUUUGGUUGAACAGGAAUGCUAUGAUGAGGCUAUUAAACAUUUACACAGAGCAAAUGAUCUUGCUCGAGAACAAAAACUUAAUUUCGGAGAUGACAUCGCAGCACAGAUACGCAUUGCCAGAAAGAAAAGAUGGAAUGUUCAGGAGGAAAAGAGAAUAUCUCAAGAAAUUGAAUUGCAGACAUAUUUAAAUAGAUUAAUAAAUGAAGACAUGCAGAGAAGAAUAGAAUCAAUAAAGUUAGAGAAUAUAAAUGAAGAGGACACCGGUAGCAAGGUAGCGAAGGUUGAAGAGGAAUGUAAUAACUAUGGUAGUGAGCUCAAUAAUCUAUUUUCAAAAAUGGACGAACGAAGGAGGAAACGUGACGUGCCAGACUAUCUAUGCGGUAAGAUUAGCUUCGAAAUUCUCAACGAGCCGGUCAUAACUCCAAGCGGCAUAACAUAUGAGAAAAAAGACAUCGAAGAACAUCUAGAGCGGGUUGGACAUUUUGAUCCAGUUACUCGUGUGAAGUUGACAGCAGAUCAGCUCAUACCAAACUUCACCAUGAAGGAGGUAGUUGACGCGUUUCUACAGGAGAACGAAUGGGCUCUCGAUUAUUAGUAAUUUUAAUAUAUCGAUAUAGCUAACAUUACUCAUGCGAUUACGUCACUAGUGCAAAGAUAAUAGACACGAAUUGUCGAAGGGUGUCUGAUAAGUGAAUUCAAAAAUAGUGAAGAAUUAGAACCAAGUUCCUAAACUAUUACAAAUUAUUUUUUGAUUAAGUCAUAGAGAACCAAAAGUUGUAACAAAACCCUUUUUAUUCUGCUAGUAAGUUGUACAUUUUUAAGCUGAUUUUAAAACUUCCACAUAUAAUAUACAAUUGUAGUAAUUACUCAACAAAAACAUUCUUAAUAGUUUAUGUGACAUAACUGGACAUUUUGGUUUAUUCAACACUUUUUUUUAUAUGUAUGCGGACGUGCUGAUGUGGUGCCUGAAGGAAAGUGGUCACCAUCGCCCAUAGACAUUGGCGCUGUAGGAAAUAUUAACCAUUCCUUAUAUCCCUAAUGAACCACCAACCCAGGAAGUUAAGAUGGUAUGGCCUUUUUGCCUAUGGUGACACUGAUUUGCUUAUCCUUCACACUGGACAAAAACAAUACAAAGUGUUGCUGUUUGGCGGUAGAAUAUCUGAUGGGAGAAUAGUACUUACUAAGACGGGCUGCCCUAUCAUCAAGAACUUUUUGUUAAAUUUUGACUAAUUUAAAAAAAGGCUUAAUUUCGCCAUGCGUAUAUAAUUUUAUUGGUCUUUACAAAAUUUGUCCUUGAACUUGAGAACAGUCUAAAGUAUUCGUUAGUGAAUUUGAUCAUUUUUUUUUAUUUCAAGAAGGUAGAAAAUCUUAACAGCACUGUAGGCCACGAUUUUGUCUAUCCAUAGGAAUAUAAUAUACGAGUAUCAUAUACAAUUUCUUACUUGAGCUCAAGUAAUAAAAUUAACCUCAUUGACCAAAACCCGUUGAAUUAUUUUUCUUUCAAAUCAUUUUUCUAUUUACAAAUGAGUAUUGUCAACAAAAUGGCGCUUUUAUCGUUAGCUGGUGACGUAAUUUCGGUAGCUUAUCAUAAAGAGUUCUAUUAAUAUAAUAAAACAUUGAACAUUGAAAUGUUUGAUUUGUAAAAAUGAAGCUAAUUAUUAUUUGGUUAUAUUUAUUUAAAUACUUACCGUAGAUUUAUUUGUUUAGUAGUUAUGUUAGUUAAUUAUUUUUUAUAUGACAAACUACAUAUUCCACCCGCUAAAUGAAUGAUAUGUCUAUACAAACAGUAUAAAAAUAUGUUGCCAUAGAUAAAAAAUAGAAGCUUCUGCAAUUCAGUCGGUACAAUUCGCGCAGUCUUAGUUAGUAGUCCGGCUUGUAAUGGCUGCACGUAAAAGUAGUGAUAACCUAUUUAAAGUUACUGAUCUCGUUAUAAAUUCUGAUCGGCGACCUAAGAUUGCACGAAAUGGAAGCGAUUAAUUUUUAAAACUACAAUUAGAAAUGCUGCAAUUAAAUUAUUUAUUAUCUUUAUUGUAAAUUCAAGGUUAUUUUCAAGGCCGAGUUAUCGAAAAAAAAAGUAUUAGCUCUUAAGAUUCAAUCUCUUUGCUGUUUUAUUUAAUUUUUUUCCAUAUCCCAUACUGUUUUCUGUUAUAUAUAUAUGCGGGUGGAUCAUUAACUAAAUGAACAUUAACAGAGCGUUCAUAGAGUUCUCUACAUGGAUGUUAUAUUUAUGAAACAUUUGUACAUAACCCUCAUUGGAUGACCUAUUGAGUACAAUUUCUAUUGUCCUUGAAAUGUUAAGUUAAGUAUAUGUUAUCGUUGUAAUAAAUGUCGUUUUCUAGUUAU